AUUCAAAUUAACUGCUAAUUACCUAAUACUACCCCGUUCACCCAAUAUUACUAAUCGCUUCACUAGCAUCGUCCGCUCUGUAGUACUACGUACAGUAAUUCUUUCACAUUCGUCAAAUGAAGCUCAUAAGAACCACAAUCCGAAACUAUGGAAACUCCCCGUUACUCAACCAUCUAGGUCCCGCACUGCUAACCAACCCGGCCGAGCAACGUCGUGUCAUCGAGAACCUACAAUCGCUGCCGAAGAUUCGCCUAAACUCGAAACCGCCGGGCAAACACGCCGCAGUACUGAUUCCACUGUGUCUGGUCGAUGGCAAGGUCAGUUUGCUUUAUACACUUCGAUCGGCUACGCUGAGCAACUAUCGCGGACAGGUGUCGUUUCCAGGUGGCAUCCGGGAUCCCACCGACGCAACCAUCGAAGCAUGCGCUACUCGCGAGACCGAAGAGGAAACCGGAAUCCCUCGUGGAAAAAUUCACGUUUGGGGAUGCGGUAACGAAUUGAUUCCCAAUUUUGGUCCUGCGAUUACACCCGUUGUGGGUACCAUAACCGACUACAGUCGGGAAAUGCUGGUUCCCAAUCCGGACGAGGUACAGAAAGUGUUCACCGUACCGAUCGAAACUUUCCUAGCGGUGCAGAAUCGGAGACACACUCAGUUCAGAGCCGGCUACACGGUACCAGUCUAUCUCGGCGGAGAGGAAAUCGUCUGGGGCAUGACGGGUAUUAUAACGCAUCAGUUUCUGUCGGCAUUGUUGCCUAAGGAGGUUUACUCUAGACGAGUUCCGUUUUUAAAGAAAUAUAGCAGCUGACGGAGCAUGCGUAAAGGUCGAUAAAGUAGAUUGUUCGUGGUGCAAUCCGGGGUUACCCAAAGUGAUAUUUUAGCUGUAAAUAGGUAGAACACAAAUCAACACAGUACUACGAAAUAUCAUAGCACGGUGUUUUAUUCGAAAAAAGAAUUUGAGAAAAUAUAAAAAGAGGCUAGUCCAGCUUUGAUUAUGCUGACACCUUGCUACAUUAACAAGGGGGAG